UUGAUCGUUCCCAUUUUCAAGAAAGGAUGUCGCAACGAUUGUGGAAACUACCGCCCGAUCAGUUUUAUCCAUGGUCAUGAUGGUGAUGUGGUGCAACGUCCAUUCACCCUAGAGGCCCCAGCGGAACUUAAUGUGGAGCGAACAACCUUCUUCUAUCAGGAAACACUACUUACCCAACUGGUCUUUCUUCGCAACGCCGCUCAAACCGAAAUGAUUGCAUCCCGCACGGAUUUAGUGCGAACGACUGGCAGACAAUUUUUGGUCAUGCCUGGAGCAAGGUGUCGCACUUGUCGUCGUCGUAUUGGAAACAGUGCCUUCGCACGUUAUCCAACCACUGGUGAACUGGAACACUAUGGGUGUUGUCGUGAAUUUGUGACCAAACGCUAG